UUUAAGGGUCCUAUCCAUUACUUGUUUCCAUGGGAAUUGCUGGAUCAGCUGAUUUCUUUUGUGACACUUCUCCCGAGCUACAACCCUGUGCUCCUUGUAUCUUUGGCACCGAUCUUCUCUACCAGCUCCUCUCAGGUGAGGCCGGAGGAGUCCCUGAAUGAGAGGGAUACUGAAUCCGAACCACUAGGGUCUCACCGAACAAAUUAAACAGAACAGACAAACAACAAAGGUACAGAGAGGAUCCAAUUUUUUAAGCUGACUCCUCUUGCAUCCAAGGCAGCUGUAUCCACGCACAAGAGCAAUGUUGGCAAGAAAGGGAAUCAUUCCAGGAGAGUAUUUAUUGACCAGAUUGGUGGAGGAUGACCUCUCACAGCUUCGUUACCGGGCCAAGUCAAGGAAAGCUCGCUUUGUUGCCAAAAAUGGAGGCUGCAAUGUGGCCCACAAGAACAUUCGAGAGCAAGGACGCUUCCUUCAAGAUGUCUUCACCACCUUGGUGGAUUUCAAGUGGCCUUAUACACUUGUGAUCUUCACCAUGUCAUUCCUGUGCAGCUGGAUGCUCUUUGCGAUGCUUUGGUGGCUCAUAGCCUUUGCUCACGGUGACCUGGACUCCCAAAAGGACAACGUCGUUCCCUGCAUCACCAGCAUCACAUCUUUCACGUCUGCUUUCCUCUUCUCCAUUGAGGUCCAGGUGACCAUAGGGUUUGGAAGCAGAAUGGUGACUGAGGAAUGCCCCUUGGCCAUCACAGUUCUGAUCAUCCAGAACAUAUCAGGCCUCAUCGUCAAUGCGGUCAUGCUGGGCUGCAUCUUCAUGAAGACUGCCCAGGCAAACCGACGGGCGGAAACCAUCAUUUUCAGCAAGCAUGCAGUAAUCGCCCAGAGGAAUAGGAAAUUGUGCUUUAUGUUCCGGGUUGGAGACUUAAGAAAAAGCAUGAUAAUUAGUGCCACCAUCCAAAUGCAACUUGUCAAGAAGACCACUACCCAAGAAGGAGAAGUUGUCCCCAUCUCGCAGAUUGACAUCCAGGUGGAGAACCCAGUAGGGAUCAAUGCGAUCUUCCUGGUUUCUCCACUUAUCAUCAGCCACACCAUCGAUAAGAAGAGCCCACUCUACAAUCUAUCAGCAGCUAGCCUGCAACAAGAGGACCUCGAGGUGGUGGUCAUCCUUGAAGGUGUGGUGGAGACCACAGGCAUUACCACCCAAGCAAGGACAUCUUAUUUGCCAGAGGAGAUACUUUGGGGCCACAGGUUUGUGCCCAUUGUGACUGAGGAGGAGGGAAGAUACUCGGUUGAUUAUUCCAAGUUUGGCAACACUGUAAGGUGCAGAACCCCACUUUGCAGCGCCAGAGAAUUUGAGGCGCAGGAGAGAAGCCAGAACCAAACGAACAAUGGCCCAAACCUGCAGAUGAGCGCCCAACGGGAAAGGAAUUUCUCCAAGACCGAUGGUAUCCCUGGAGUGCACAAGAAAUCAUCUGUACGUUUUCGGUCUGUAUCAGAUUUGGAGUCACGAGAGGUGAUGGAGUCUCGGUCAUUGCUCCUCUGAAUCUUCUUCCCCAGUACCUCCUCAGCUGAAAGUCUGCUGUUCCUCUUACUUACAACAUUU